CCCAGGUGAGCAGCAGCCUGCAGACACCGGUUGAUGCGCUGGUCCGCUCGGUAUUUCACGUCUAAAUCUCACAAAGAGUCGCUUUUUUUUCCCCGAAAGCAUAUCAGUCAGCUGUAAACUCCGGGGCCGUGACAGAAAACCUUUACGGUAAAACGCCAGCGUGCAUUUUGAAGCCUCUUUUCGCCCGUCCGCGUCGCCCCGCACCGGGGGGAAGAAGAGCCGCGGCUUGCCUCACCGGCGACAACCACCAUGAGCCUGAGGUUUACCGUCUCCAAGAGCGACGGCGACCGGCGCCCCUCUGACAUCCAGGGGGAGGUGAACCAGCUGUUUGAGGGAGACGAGCCCUCAGCCUGCGGUGCUGCCGCCGCGGGGGAAGACGCUCCUGCUGAUGACGAGGACGUGGUGGUGGUGCUGAAAGGUGACAGUAACCCCAAAGAGAGCAGCCCCUUCAUCAACAGCAGUGAAGCUGCCGCUGAAAAGAGCCAGCAAUAUGACGGCAAGAACAUGGCCUUGUUUGAGGAGGAGAUGGACACCAGGCCUAUGGUGUCAUCUCUUCUCAGCACCCUGGCCAACUACUCCAACCUUCCCCAAGGCUGCAAGGAACAUGAGGAGGCUGAGAACAACGAAGCAGAGCCAGCACGCAAGAAACCCGUCAAGGCCCCUCAGCUUGGCACCCUGAUGGGCGUCUACAUGCCAUGCAUCCAGAACAUUUUUGGAGUGAUCCUUUUCCUCAGGAUGACCUGGUUAGUUGGAAUUGGAGGCGUCAUCGGGACCUUCAUCAUCGUCUUCAUGUGUUGUGCCACCACUAUGCUGACUGCCAUCUCCAUGAGUGCCAUCGCUACCAAUGGAGUAGUGCCAGCUGGGGGCUCCUACUACAUGAUUUCCCGUUCGCUGGGACCGGAGUUUGGCGGAGCGGUGGGGAUCUGUUUCUACCUGGGAACCACCUAUGCUGGAGCCAUGUACAUCCUGGGAGCUAUCGAGCUGCUCUUGAUCUACAUAGCUCCCAAAGCAGCCAUCUUCCCCAUCGAGGGCCUGGAGGGUGCCGAGGCGGAAGCCGCGCUGCUGAACAACAUGCGCGUGUAUGGAACCAUCCUGCUGACCUCCAUGGCCACCGUCGUGUUUGUUGGCGUCAAGUAUGUGAACAAGCUGGCCCUGGUCUUUCUGGCCUGCGUCAUCCUCUCCAUUCUGGCCGUCUACGCCGGAGUCAUAAAGACCGGCAUCGAGCCGCCCAUUUUCCCAGUUUGCAUAUUGGGAAAUCGGACUUUGGUGUGGAAGAACUUUGACGUUUGUGCCAAAACCCUUGAGACCGCUAAUGGAACGGUCACCACCCAGCUGUGGAACAUUUUCUGUGACUCACCUUUCCUCAACGCUACCUGCGACAAAUACUUUGCGGCCAACAAUGUGACUCAGAUCCAGGGCAUUCCUGGGAUCACCAGCGGAGUCCUGGCAGAUAACCUGUUUGGGACCUACUAUGAGAAGGGGGAUCUGGUUGACAAAUCUGUCCUGGAGUCGGUGCAGGACCACGAUGAACCUGUGACCAACGCUAACCGCUACGUGUUGGCCGACAUCACCAGCUUCUUCACGCUGCUGGUUGGCAUCUACUUCCCAUCAGUGACAGGAAUCAUGGCCGGAUCCAACCGCUCCGGAGAUCUGCGCGACGCCCAGAAGUCGAUCCCCAUUGGGACCAUUGCAGCCAUCACAACCACCUCCACUGUCUACAUGUCCAGUGUGUUUCUGUUUGGUGCCUGCAUUGAGGGGGUGGUCCUCAGGGACAAGUUCGGAGAAGGCGUGCAUGGGAACCUGGUCAUUGGCACGCUGGCUUGGCCGUCACCAUGGGUGAUCGUGAUUGGCUCUUUCUUUUCCACUUGCGGGGCAGGGCUCCAGAGCCUGACGGGAGCUCCUCGUCUUCUGCAGGCCAUCGCCAAGGAUGGCAUUGUGCCUGCCCUUCGGAUCUUUGGACAUGGAAAGGCCAAUGGAGAACCAACAUGGUCCCUCCUGCUGACAGCUUGUAUCUGUGAGAGUGGCAUCCUUAUUGCCUCCCUGGACGCUGUGGCUCCCAUCCUCUCUAUGUUUUUCCUGAUGUGCUAUAUGUUUGUGAAUCUGGCCUGUGCCCUCCAGACGCUCCUAAGGACUCCAAACUGGAGGCCCCGCUUCAAGUUCUACCACUGGACUCUGUCCUUUCUUGGGAUGAGCUUGUGUCUCACUCUAAUGUUCAUCUGCUCCUGGUACUACGCCAUUGUGGCCAUGGGGAUCGCUGGUUCUAUCUACAAGUACAUUGAGUUUGCAGGCGCCGAGAAAGAAUGGGGUGAUGGGAUACGAGGUCUGUCUCUGAGCGCUGCGCGGUACGCUCUCAUGCGCCUAGAGGAAGGCCCGCCACACACCAAGAACUGGAGGCCCCAGCUGCUGGUUCUGGUCAGCACGGAUGCAGAGCAGAAUGUGGAGCAGCCUCGUCUGCUGUCCCUCACCAACCAGCUGAAGGCGGGCAAAGGCCUCACCAUCGUCGGGACAGCUCUGGAGGGCACCUACCUGGCGAACCACGAGCAGGCUCAGCGUGCAGAUCAGGCACUGCGCAAGUUAAUGGAGACUGAAAAGGUGAAGGGCUUCUGUCAGGUGACUGUCUCUUCAAACCUCCGGGAUGCUACAUCCCAUCUGCUGCAGGCCAGCGGGCUGGGAGGCCUAAAGCACAAUGCUGUGCUGGUCUCCUGGCCACGCAACUGGAAGCACGGAGACGAGCACCAGACCUGGAGGAACUUUGUUGAGCUGGUCAGAGAAACCACCAUUGCCCGCCUCGCUCUGCUCGUACCAAAGAACAUUUCAGCAUUCCCAUCCAAUGGCGAACGCUUCAGCGAGGGUCACAUCGACGUAUGGUGGAUCGUGCAUGACGGAGGCAUGUUGAUGCUGCUGCCCUUCCUUCUCCGUCAACAUAAGGUCUGGAGGAAGUGCAAGAUGCGCAUCUUCACCGUGGCUCAGAUGGACGACAACAGCAUCCAGAUGAAAAAGGACCUGACUACCUUCCUCUAUCACCUCCGUAUUGAUGCUAUGAUCGAAGUUGUGGAAAUGCAUGACAGCGACAUCUCAGCCUACACGUACGAGAAGACACUGGUGAUGGAACAACGCUCGCAGAUGCUGAAACAGAUCAACCUUACAAAGACUGAGCGCGAGAGGGAGAUCCAGAGUAUCACCGAUUCAUCCCGCGGAUCUAUCCGGCGUAAGAACCCGGCCGCUGUGACCACCCAGCUGAGUGUGACCGAGGAGCCGCCAGCCACCAGCAAGGAGGAGAAGCCUGAAGAGGAGUCAAAGUCGGCCUCUUCCCCUGUGUCCCCCCCUGCUCAGGUCCAGCUCAUCCACGACAACACCACCCCAGCCAGCCCCGCCACCCCAGCCACCCCGCUGACCCCCGCCGAGGAGACCCAGAGCCCCGGGGAGCAGAUCCAGAGGACCUGGACGGAGAAGUGUGACGGCAAGGCAGCGAAGCCUCUUGGAGUGACCACAGAAGAGGACAUCAAAGACAUCUUCAACAUGAAGCCAGAGUGGGAGAACCUGAACCAGUCUAACGUGCGGCGUAUGCACACAGCGCUCCGGCUGAAUGAAGUCAUCCACAAAAAGUCCUCCGAGGCCAAGCUGGUCCUCCUGAACAUGCCAGGGCCACCCAAGAACCGGACAAGUGAUGAGAACUACAUGGAGUUCCUGGAGGUGCUCACCGAAGGUCUAAACCGGGUCCUUCUGGUUCGCGGGGGUGGCCGCGAGGUCAUCACCAUCUAUUCCUGAAAGAGCAGCCAACUCCCCCAUCUCCCCCCUCUCUAUAACCCCCUUCCUCUCCCAUGUCAGCUGUGCUCUCACCUCGUCAUCCCCAUCGCUUCAUUACCGAGCUCCUGUUUAUUUCUGUGCUGUAGUGCUCUCACAACCAACAAAUAGCCCCGCUCAGCUUCAGCGCCUCUCCCUCUUGCUCUGACCACGGCAGACAGACGAAUCCAAAAACAUUUCCC